CAGAGCACUCGGCGGGCCGGUACACCGCCCGGGCCGCGCGCACCGCCGGAGCCGCCCCCGCCCUGGAAUUGGUCCCGUCGCAGUUCCCCAUGCAGUCCCCAUGAUUCCCCGCUUCGUGUGAUGCGAUGAUGUGGGGUCAGCUGGCUGCUGUUCGUCCCUGGGCAGAAGGCGCGUAUAAAAUCUUGUCUGGCGGAAUAUGAGAACCACCGGCGCUCCUCUCACCUGCCGCUCACUGCACCCGUCACCAUGGCCGCUACGUCGAAGGAUGCACAAGUUUACGAGCACCGCGUCGAGGACAUCGAGAAGGAUAUCGGGUCUAUAACCAGUUCAGAGGUUCAGCCCGCCGCCGGUAUCGAUGCUGAGGUCGCAGAAUUUUUCGCGACGCAGAGCGAUGGCCACAUCGUGAUUGACGAGGCGACGAACAAGCGUCUACGGAUGAUGAUCCACAAGCGCGUACUGGUGGUCAUGGUCGUCACAUAUUUCGCCCAGACACUCGACAAGGGGACAAUCAACUUUGCGUCCAUAAUGGGUAUUGUACAAGACACGCACCUUGUCGGCCAACAAUAUUCAUGGUUGACGACCUGUGUCUACAUCGCCGUCCUUAUCUGGGAGUUCCCCACCAACCGCCUCAUCCAACGCCUCCCCAUCGCCAAGUACCUCUCCUUCAACAUCGCCGCAUGGGGCGCUGUCCUCGCCUGCACGGCCGUCUGCCACAACUUCACGGGCCUCGUCAUCGUGCGCACGCUCCUCGGCGUCUUUGAGUGCGUCUGCCAGCCGGCCUUCGUCUUCCUGUCGACGAUGUGGUACACGCGAGAGGAGCAGGCGCUCGUCAUCGGCGCCUUCUACUCGAUGAACGGCUUCCAGCAGUGCGUCGGCGGUCUCAUCGCGUACGGCAUCUCGCAGAUCCAGGGUGCGGCGAUCAAGAAUUGGCAGAUUUUGUUCCUUUUGUUGGGUUGUGCGACGUUCGUCUGGGGUCUCUUCGUGGGCUUCUGGCUUCCGGACUCCCCGAUGAGGGCGAAGUGCUUCUCGAAGGAGGAUCGUGUGCUAAUGGCUGAGCGGGUGCGCAAGAAUGAGACGGGUAUCCAGAACAAGGAGUUCAAGUGGUAUCAAGUGCGCGAGGCCUUGACCGACCCAGUGGUUCUCAGCGUUACCUUGAUCUCCUUUACGAACGGCAUGCCGACGGGUGGUUUGGGCGCCUUCUCAAACAUCAUCAUCCAAGCUUUCGGCUUCACGAUGUUGCAGACCUACCUCCUCGCCAUCGCCCAGGGUGCCAUCAUCAUGACUUUCUUGUUCAGCGGCGCGUACCUUUCCAAGAAAUACAACCAGAAGAUCAUCCUCGCCAUCAUCUAUACCCUGCCCAACAUCAUCGGCACGAUUGUGUUCUUGAUCGUGCCCACGCGCGCCGACACCAAAGUUGGCCUGCUCAUCUCCUUCUACCUCACCAUGGCCUUCGGCGCCGUCUCCGUCCUCAACCUCGCCGUCAUGUCCAACAACGUCGCCGGCCGCACCAAGCAGGUCAUGGCCUCCUCCCUCGUCUUCAUCGCCUGGGCCGUGGGCAACGCCGUCGGCCCCCAGGUCUUCCGCGACAACGACAAGCCGCGGUACAUCAACGCCUUCAUCGCGCACAUGGUCGUCUACGUCCUCCAGAUCGUCGUCCUCGUCUUUUUGCGCGCGUACCUGAUGCGGCAAAACGUGCUGAAGCGACGCGCGGCGGCGUUGAGGGAGAGCGCGGCGAAUGGGGAGGCGCCGGACGAGCAGCUGGGCCACACGCAUGCCUUCGACGAUUUGACGGAUAAGGAGAACCCAGAUUUCCGCUACACGUAUUGAACGCUGCGAUCCUUUGCGUGCAAGCGCGUGUUGUCUGUACCUGUGGCUUCUCCUCCAUGUAUUACUAGUGUACACAUAGUUCAUCGACUGUGACGAGCAGCUUUGCGCCUCAUACUUGUCCGCCGCGUCGGCAUAGACGAACGGUCCUGACUG